AUGGCAACGGCUAUCUCUAAACCAUCUUCCCACGCGGCGAAAAUGAAGCGGCCGCCCCCGCCUUUAUCCCAACCUGGGGUUAACGGGGUCAAACCUCCCCAAGCUUCCUCGUCCCCACCCCACGCGAACAAACAUCUUCCUGGAAGCACUCCCGCUAGCUCGAGUCCUCACUUGGUCAAUGGUGUUCUAAGCGCAGUGAACGCACCAAAGGGUCCCCUGAAUCGAACUCGCAAUCAGUCGCAAAGGCCCGGCGAUCAUUCCGCGCGUCCCAAUCGCCCGGUGACCCGAACUUCUUUGACAGGAAACGAUAGCCGGUCCUCUAAAAAGGGCUCGGAGCCAUAUGUGAAAACCACCGCGUACAUCUUGAAGAAGUACGCGAAGAGUCCACCAUCCCUCAUCUUACAUCUACAUCCUACCCACUUCCGGUUCGAUCAGCAAGAUGGUAGCUUUCCGUACAAUUCGGAAAUGAAGCUUAUCAUUGAGCACCUACGCGCUGGAACUAUUCCACAUGAACUGAUUGAGGAGCUUCUGCGUGGCAACGUUCCAUUUUACGAAGGCUGCCUCAUAGUUCGUGUCAUCGAUCAUAAGUCCGUAUCAGCGCAGACUAGAAAGACGACCGCAUCUUCGUCGACGGAGAGCAACACUCCCUUUUCAGUACAUAACUACAACGAGCAUAUCGUACCCUCCGCGUUUGUCCCAUAUCCGAAACAGAACCAGCUCACCGAUAUCCACAAUCCCAAGUCCAAUGACCCGCAAGUUGCCGCCCAAGAACAAGGUGACAAACCGGCCAACGCUGAGAGCUCGGAUAACCAGACCCAAGAAAAUGGCGCGGAGCAGAAAUCUUUGGCUCCUAAACCUCGAGUUUUCACCACCGUCCUCCACCCCACUGCACGAGUAUUACAGGCAGAAUUGACUCUACUUGUCACAACACCCGAUCCCAAAGCCGCCGCUUCCAUACAAUCGACCCUCGCUCAGUCAUCGGUUGUACCUCAAUCACCAGCGCCCGGUGCUGCUCAGACAGAUACUGGGCAUAGAGCAAAAAGACAAAAGACGUUAGUUGAUCCUAAGGACCUUCCCGAGUGUGAGUCCUUGAUUGUCCGUGCCCUAUCGGGUCCUCUAUACUUAGAGCCCACGGAAUCUUUUGCGGCCACUCAAGAUCUCCUGAAGUUCAUGACACACCCGCUGCACAAUAACCCACCGCCAUCUCCUAAACGCCGCAAGAGAACUGUCGCAGAGCUUGCUGCCGACGAAGCUCUUGCAGCCGCCGAGCAGCGGUUCAUGCUUCUCAUGGACGAGCGCCUGGAGCCAACAGCAUCUGGUGUUUCUGGUGGUGCUAAGGCCGCAGCGGUGGAUGAUGCAGUAGGCGUGGCUCCAUUUGAGCCACGUUUCUCUCGCUUCAAAACCUUGGAGGCGAUCCGAAUGCAGCACGAAGAGAAAGCUAAACGGGAGCACGAAGUGAAGAUGAAGCAGGAGCUCGCCAAGAGACAGCAGCAGGAACAAGAGCGAGAGCGACGUCGCGCCAUUGAGCAGCGUCAGGCCGAGGAGCAUGCUAAAGAUGAAGCCCGACGACAGCAAAUUGCCGCGCAGCAGGCUCAAGCCCAAAUUGCCGCUCAACAGAAUCGUCACGUUAUGGCUCAAACCAAUGGCGUCAGCCAAGGCCAACAGUCGUCUCCUAUCGUGCGCAACCAUACACCGCAUGCUACCUCUUCACCUGUGGUGGGAUCCAACAUGGGGCCGCAAACAGUGCCUAUGAGUAUCAGUGCCUCCCAGCAGUCGGGCAGUCCCCCUCGCCCUCCGUCUUCUUUGCAACAUGCGCAUCCGAAUAUGAUGAGUCACCCGAUGGCACCUUCGCGCAGCCAACAAGGGCCUAGUCGGAACGGGACUCCUCAGAUGACACAGGGAACACCGGCCAUGUCCCACGCGACCCCUAUCAUGCGCAACGUGACACCCACUCAAAGGAUGGGCCAUGGUAGUCCGAACCAUUCUACGAUGGCUCAGACCCCCAUGAUGAACCCAGCCAUUGCAAAUACUCCACAGAUGAACAACGGCAUGGGCCUCACUCCACAACAGCAAAUGAUAAUCCAGCAGCGACAGCAGCAGAUCUUGGCCGCCCAGCAGCAGCAGCAGCAGCAGCAGCAGCAACAACAACAGCAGCAACAACAGCAGGGUCACAUGAGUCAAAAUCAAUUCACCCCACAGCAGCUUGCGCAGAUGCAAGCUAGUGCUCAUGCUCAGCAAAAUAUUCAGUCACACCAACAGCAGCAGCUUCUGCAAGCUCAACAGCAAAACCACCCGAAUAUGCAGAAGAUGCCCCAGCAUACCCAGCAAGCAUACCAAGCACAGCUCAUGCGGGCUCAAUUUGCUCAAAUGCAAAUGGUGAAGCAACAAAAUGGAAUGCCGCAGGGUCAGCCGAACCAAGGUAGCCCGCAGCAACAGCAGAUGACCCCACAGCAGCAACAGCAGAUGAUGAUGGCAGCUCAGGCGAACGGUGGCCAAAUGGCAAACAUGCGAGAUAAUGUGCAACAACAGAUGGCCCAGCGGUACAAUCGUCUCUAUCAGCAACGCCUGCUUCACUUGCGACAUGAGAUGUCUCAGCGUUAUAUGAAUCAGUACGGUCCACCCACUCAGUACCCACCCCAGAUUGCUCAACAGUAUGGUGCUGGCUUGGAGAAACUUGCAAAGACAUGGGUGCACGAUCUGAUGCGACGUGAUCGAGACAACACAAACCCCCCGCGGACCUCUCAGCAGGCGAAUGCCAUGCAUGCUCAGCAGAUGCAGCAGAACAUGAUGCACAACGGCAUGGGCAACGGAUAG